CCCCCCCCCCGAAGCAGUUCAGCCCACGGAAGACAGGACAGCAAUCAGAACAGCAAGGCUGUGGAUAUGGUAACUCCGGGAGCAGAUAUUUACUGAAAGUACAACGAUCAGACCUGACCUACGAAUUACUCAGGAGCAACAAACUGAAGUAAAAUGGACUGCAUAUAUGAAGCUCAAUAUCUACUUAAGGGUGACUUAUAACUGAGGUCUUGUCGCCAUGGAAUUGCUGUGGAAGUUUGUAAUCGCGACGCUGUUCGCGGUUUCGAUCCAACCUGAAAACUUGGCGAGAGGUAGCCCCUGUGCUGAGAUACAGGUCCAGCCGCCAGUGGUGGUUUUGGGGUCCCCCUUCAACGCCUCCUGUCUUGUCUCAGAGAGCUGUCCGUUGGUUCAGUGGCGGAACUUCCACAUCGAGUGGCACCUGAACACGCAAAUCCUCGCCGGGCUGCCUCCGGCCAAUCAGAGCAGCAGGAUCUCCGCGGUCACCGUGCCCGGCUUCUCGGACAGCCAGGGUGUGCUGGAGUGCUCUGUGUGCCGAGAGGGGGUGUGCCAGAUCGCCACGGGCAUGACUAUCCGAGGGGGAUACCCACCAUCCGCCCCACAGAACCUGACCUGCCUGACUAACCUGACCAGGCCUUACACCCUCACCUGCAAGUGGGACACAGGAGCAGAAACCCACCUCCCAACAAACUACACCCUGCACACAGAGAUAAGACAUUCCCAAACACGGAGUAGCGUCCGAGCCUAUCCGCUGCCUGUGGGACGGCAUUCCUGCAUCAUUCCGCGCGAAGGCUUCAUCCUCUACACUAGAAUGAGGAUAUCUGUGACGGCCCAGAAUGCACUGGGAACAGUGUCAUCAGAACCUCUGUUCCUGGAGCCCGUGGAGUCAGCGAAGUUGGACCCCCCGGUGCUGGAGGACGUGAGGGCGGAGCCGCACGCGUACGGCUGCCUGAGCCUGCGCUGGCGGCUCUCGGAGCAGCAGGCCUGGGUCAGGACGAACCUGGCGGUCCAGGCGCGCUUCAGAACGGCGGACGGAGAGGCGUGGACCACCGUAACGAAGCACAUUACCAAGGAAGACCAGCUGGGGGCGCUGCAGCUGAGUGGCCUGCUGCAUGGGACGGACUACCGGGUCCAGAUGAGGGUGCGGUACGGCCUAGGACCCUGGAGCGAGUGGGGGAACAGCCGAACAGGAAGCAUCGGGGAGAAGGCUCCGACCGGCAGGCUGAAGGUGUGGCUGAAGGUGCUGCAGGAGUCAGAGGCAAAGCUCUCCGUGCAGCUCCUUUGGAAGCCCUCGGACCAGUUCCGAGCCAAUGGGAGGAACGUGUCUUUCCACGUGUUCCUGCAGAGCUCCACCCCCAGCCGAGGAUGGCUGAAGACCGUGUGCAGGACUCAGCAGCGCCACUGUGUGGCCAUCCUCCCUAAAUACACCCGGAUCGUGUACAUCUCUGCCUGCAACUCUGCAGGAGAGUCCAGCCCCACUGCAGUGCGUGUUUACAAGCACUGGGGUAUGCAGCCCGUCUCUGACGUCACCGUCUCCUCCGCGGGGAACACGAGUCUGCAGGUCGCCUGGACCCGCCCGGUCUCGCCCGUCGCCGUGGGCUACGUGGUGGAGUGGGGCCCCCAGCUCCAGACGGACCCCAGUUUCCUGUCCUUCCUCCUGCUGGGCCCAAACGAGACCGUGGCUCUGAUCUCAGCCGGUGUGGAGCCGUACAGACCCUACUCCUUCUCGGUGUACCCCAGGUACCACAACGGGACUGGCCUCCCGCGCACCGCACACGGCUACUCCCUGCAGAAAGCUCCAUCCGCAGCCCCCAGUAUGAGAGUAGGGGAGAUCUACCACUCCCGCGCCAAGCUCACCUGGGACGACAUUCCACUGGACCAAAGGAACGGAAUCAUCCAGAACUACGUCAUCUACUACUGGGAUGAGGCGGGAAGACCCGGAGUUGUUCGCUUCAAGCCGACAGAGAGGAGCGUGAUUCUGACCAAUCUGAAGCCCGUGUCCUUAUACAAGGCCUUUAUUUCGGCAAGCACAGAGGGGGGCACGGUGAACGGGACCAUCGUCACCCUGAAGACGGGACCUCCAGAUGCCUGGAGUGACGUGUUCAUAGUGGUGCUGACCUGUGUGGUUCUGAUGGUGUGUUUUAUAGUCGCCUGCUUUACCUGCUUCAGCAAGCAUGACAGUCUGAAGACGCACUUUUGGCCCAUGAUUCCCGAUCCCGCCAACAGCAGCAUAAAAACCUGGACCGAGGGGGACACGCUUCCAGACUACCCAGUUUUCCAGAACAUGAAGGACAUCCAGGACCCGGUGCCUGUCCACCUGUCCUGGUUCAGCCUGCUGGACGUGCCUGAGGGGCAGCUGGAGAAGGGCGAGAGUGUGGGUCCCACCAUGGACGACCUCUGGCUGCAGGGAGGUGACCCCAGCGACCUUGGAGAAUCCCUCAAGGACGUCUCCGGCGGUGCCGAGCCGGCCAAGGAAGUGGUUCCCUACGCCACCGUUGUCUUCGCCAACCCCUACCUGAGCCAGGCCGACCCCCCUACUACAGUCUACCUGCGGUCAGACUCCACCCAGCCCCUGCUGGGGGAGGAGUCCCCCAGCCCUAGGUCCUAUCAGAACUUCCAUUUCCAGGAGGGGGGAGGAGCUCGGGAGAGCAUGCAAAGCCAGGGAGGGAGCAGUGUAUUCUGGGAGGAGUUCCCUCUCCUCAGUGUACUGAACAUGCAAGAGGUUCAAAAUGCGGGCUAGAAUGUGGGAAAUGAAACGUACAUUUUUUUUUUUCCAAAUUGAAUUAUGAAACAGAUAGGUAAUUAUACUAGCCUAGUACAGAAGAGCACACAGGUAUUACGCAUCACAUGCAGUCCAGAAAAUCUGUUAAAUAAAAUCUUCUCUGAGGAAACAGUGUCAGUAUUCACAGAACACCAGACUUCAGUGUUCUACACCAGUUAUAAACUAUGACCACAAUACAAAAAAUAUAUCUAUGCUUUAGAAUUACCAGUAUACUUUUUCUAUUUCCAAACUUUUAAAAAAAUGUAGAUUAAAGUAAAUUUUCAUUUAUCUUAUUUUUUUGUUGAGACAUUUAGUUUAAAGAAACUCAAAGAAAUGAAAUCUUGGGUGUUGUAUACAAAAUAAAGAAAUGCUUUUUUGUUUGUUUGUUUCUUUCUUACCAUACUUAUUUCUUGUGCCUAUAUAUGUUUAUGAGUCAAUUGCUUGUUGUGGGGCAAAUAUGUAGUGUGUUUUAUUGUACUGUUCUUCAUUACCUUACUUUUGCCAUGUGUUUUUUGUUGACAUGCAUGAAUAAAAUCUCAUUUAUUAAUUUUUUAAUGUUU